AUGUCCGACUCGACAGAGCUUGAGGGUUACUACCAACAAGGUUCGACAGCGAGUACCGCCGGCGCCUCCGACCCAAUCUCAAACCUAGUUCAAGCGCCGUCCCUCCCUAUCCUUUUUCCAUACACCAACUUCCCCAGUCUAGGCUAUCCUCCAUCAGACGUUCCCCCACUUCCCUAUUCCCACCCCUCUGCCUCAUCCGAGUAUCAGCAGCCCAGCGGGUUGGGGAUGGCAAUCUACAACUACGGGAUCCAGCCCCCUAGCAACCUACAGCCGGCGGCAUCGUUACCGCCGUAUAGCGGUCCGUCUCAACCCUCUACCCAGCUCUCGACGACAGGGCUAUAUCAGCACGACUUUGGCGUCCACCCACUCCACUCAUCCUUCGCGACGAGCCUCACAUCUGCAUCAAACUCGCUCAAUCAUGACGAGUCCUUCAACCUUCCUACCAGCACCUCCCUACUCGACCAUACCUUUCACAACUACUCGUCAAUCUAUCCUCACUUCGGCACCCAAGCUCCCGCCCAAGCGGAUACCAUACCUCGUACCUUUCUCCCUCCUUCCUCGCGCACCAUCGAGCGGUCCGAGCGCCGCAUCACGGGAUGGCCAGCCCCUCCUCCUGCGCCUGUGCAGCCAGCAGACUACUAUGUACCCUACCGUCCCCCCGCCCCGCCGAUACCACUCCGAUCCCAGACCGCCUCACCCUUACGACCACUCCCCACCACUUUUAGCUUUCCCACUGGGCCACUCAUCCCUCGUCGUGCCUCCGACGAUUCCAACCUCACCGGCACAAGCACGGACGACCAUCUCACCGUCCAGGCGGAUCAAGCGGUAGGCGAUGAUCCUCCUAAGGGGAAACGACGCGCAUCUGAUCCCACCGCCAUCGCACCAGAAUCGGAGAGUAUCACGGACAAGAAGGAGAGGAGGAAGUCGCAGAAUAAGCUCGCUCAGAGGGCGUACAGAGCGAGGUUGAGGGAACAGGCGAGGAUGGUGAAAGAAGCUAGUGCGAGCGGCUCGAGCCAGGUCCCGACGGAGAAGGAGCAGCGGAUCACAAAAUGA